ACUCCGUUAUUUUCAUCUUGGUUGUCUAAUGGCCCAGUGAAAACGCAAGGAAGAGAGAGCAAGAGAUGCCAAGAGCCUUGUUCGUUCUCUCUAGCACUCCAAAGUCUGUCAUUUCAUGUCCAAAACCUUUCUCCCACGCAUCAAGCUGCCCCUUCCCCGCACUCCAAACUCCCCAAUACCCAUUUCUCGAGCCCGCAAACUCGCCGCCACCAUCACUGAAAUCCUACAAACUCGCGAUACUAAUUCUCAAUGGGAAGAAUCCCUAGAAGAUGUCUUUCCCGCCUACGAGGAUAUCUCAUCCAUUGUCGCCCACCUUCGCGACGCAGACUCAGCCCUCGCCUUUUUUUCCUGGGCCCGCCUGCACCCCUCCACCGUCAUUCCAGACUCUGCGUCGUACUCCGCAUUGCUGUGCCUCCUUGCCAGAACUUGUCGCUUCGAAGAAUCCCAGCUAGUGCUCGAAACUAUGCUAGCGGAAGGAAAGACUCCAACUUGCGAAGCCUUCAGCACACUUGUCGGCUCCUACGCCCGUUCUGGUAUGCAAGAUAAGGCCUUGAGCGUUUAUUACAACAUGAAGGAGCAAUUGAGCUCUGUGCCAUAUGUAUCCGACUGCAACUUUCUGUUGAAUUUACUGGUAGAGCAUGGUUGUCUCGUGACUGCACAAGAAGUGUAUGAUGAAAUGCUUAAGACGGAUGGUGGAGCGAACAACUUUAGCACGGGCAUCAUGGUUAAAGGAUUGUGCAUGCAUGGAAGGAUGGGCGAUGCCAGGAAUUUGAUGAAUGAUAGAUGGGGGCGAAGCGUUGUUCCAGAUGUGGUUUUCUAUAACAUGUUGAUUGAUGGGUACAGCAAGUGCGGCAAUGUUAGGAUGGGUUAUUUUCUGUUACGAGAGAUGGAAUUGAAGGCAUUUGUGCCUACAGUGUCUACUUAUGGGGCUAUAAUUAAGGGAUUUUGCGGGAAGGGGAAUUUUGAGAAGAUUGAUUGGCUAAUGUCGGAAAUGAGGACUCGAGGAUUAAAGCCAAAUGUGUUUAUUUAUAACAACAUCAUUGAUGCUAGGUGUAAGCAUGGUUCAAUUCUUGAAGCAAAAGCAGUUUUGAAGCAGAUGAUUUUGAGUGGUUGUCAACCUGAUAUUGUAACUUACAACAUUCUGAUUUCAGGUUAUUGUAGGUUUAGGAGGGUUGGCGAGGCUAAGAAUCUUCUUAGAGAGGCUAUUGGAAGGAGCUUGGUUCCAAAUGAGUUCAGCUACACUCCUCUUAUUCAUGGAUAUUGUCAGGAAGAUAGUGUUGCUUUGGCUUUAAAUUUGCUAACUGAGAUGAUGGAAAGGGGGCAUAAGCCUGACUUGGUAACUUUUGGAGCUCUUAUUCAUGGGCUUGUUCUUGCAGGAGAUGUCCAUGAGGCAUUGGCUAUUCGAGAAAAGAUGGAAGAAAGAGGAGUGAUCCCUGAUGCAGCUGUCUAUAAUGUCUUGAUGAAUGGUCUUUUUAGGAAGGGCAUGGUUUGUUCUGCUCAAAAGUUGCUUUCCGAGAUGCUCGAUCAGAAUGUUAUGCUGGAUGAGUUUAUUUAUGCUACAUUAAUUGAUGGCUUUUCUAGGAACGGGGAUUUGAAAAAUGCUUCAAAGGUCUUUCAGUUAAUGGAAGAAAAGGGUAUCAGGCAUAGCGUUGUUGUCUAUAAUGCCCUUAUCAAAGGUCAUUGUAAGGCAGGAUUGUUGAAUGAAGCUGUCAUGUAUAUCAAAAGAAUGAGGCAGGAAGGACAUCUGCCAGAUGCAUUCACGUAUACUACAUUAAUAGAUGGCUAUGCGAGGCAAUACAAUAUGGAUGGGGCUUUAAGGAUUUUCGGCGAGAUGGUAAAAAACGAGUGCAAACCAAAUGUGGUUACUUAUUCAGCAUUAAUUAGUGGAUUUUGCAAGAGAGGUGAUUUUGAUGCUGCCAUUUCUCACUUCAGGGAGAUGCAAUCUCGUGGUAUUGUUCCUAAUGUUGUAACAUAUAGCAUACUUAUCGGCGGUCUUUGUAAAAUGGGGAAGGUUGUGAGUGCUGCCUAUUUCUUUGAAGAGAUGCUGUGCAGUAAAUGUUUUCCUAAUGAUUUUACAUUUCGUUAUCUAAUUAGUGGUCUCAUUAGUUGCUGGAAGGAUAUAAAUUUUGUUGUUGAGAGGUGUCAGGGUGUAAAAACUGAGCUCAAAAUGAUAGAUAUGUUUAAGAAUAUGAUUUCAGACGGAUGGGAUCAUAGGACUGCUGCAUAUAAUGCUAUAAUAUUCUGCCUUUGCAAACACCAAAUGCUUUUGAAGGCAUUAGAAGUGCGAGAUCACAUGAUAAAACAAGCCUGCUUUCCGGAUUCCAUCACAAUUCUUCUCCUUCUCCAUGUAAUUUGUGCACUAGGAAAAUCACAUCAUUGGAAGGACCUUUUGUCUUGUAAUUUUGAACAGAAGGAACUUGAGGUUGUGCACAAAUACACAAGCCUGUUAGAUCAGAACCUAAAUGAAGGAAAGUCGUCUGAAGCAUCAUGCAUUUUGCAAUCAUUGCUUGAAGAGCAGCGGUGCUUUCCAGAGUUGAACUGCAGAAUUACUGCUGCUUAAAAUACAUUUAUUACAGAAGGGGCAAUGAGUUGGCUUUCUUUUAGAAGUGAGGUUCUUUGCAGAACAUUAUUAGGAGUUUGAGAUAUAGUUGGUGGAUGGAGAGCAUAUCUAUGAGAAUUUUAGCCUGUAAGUGCAGAACAGUUCAGAAAGGCUGGACAGGAUUAGAAAGAGGGGAGAAUGUGUAAGAAGUGAUACAUGAGAUGCUGGUGUGGCUUUUCUUAUACCCAAUGGCAUUCAAUUUCUUCACACGUAUGCAAGAUAUUUGGGCUUCGAGACAAGAGCUAAGUUUUUGGUUUAGUGAGGGAAAUAAAUAGCUAUUUCUAUAAAAUGAACUAGAUGAACUGCAAGGACAUUGUUGUUUAAUGUGCUUCCUGCCGUGCUGAAGGAGAAUGCUAUGAAUGAGCAGGAGCUGAAGUGGCAAAAGUCUUUGGCCUGUUUGGGGCAGCUGCAGCUGUUUGAAGAAGCAACUGUGAACUUACCGCAAAAUAAACUAUUAUUCAAGAAGUUAUGGUGGCUAUUACAAAUUUUUAUAAUUUUCAACAGGUCAAACUGCAGUUUUCUGACAGCCAUUGAUUGUAAAACACAGUUUUUCUCACCACUUCUUCUUGAGAAAGUAGGCAAAAUGCAAUUUUUCCAAACACAUAAGCGAUGUGGUGCAAAAUGCAAUUUUGCCAUAUGCAUAAGCAUUUGCGGUGCGGAUCACACCAUUGCCCCAAACGGGUCCUAAGAGGUCCAUAGUAGUUGAUUUGGAGUAGCGAAAACCUCCAUGUAGCCAAAAAACUUUCCAUGGAGCUUACUAAUCCGGUGGCGUCAAUGGAAUUCUGAAGAAAAUAGAGUAUGCCAGACUGCUGCAAACCGGGAAGAGUAGAGGAAAUUGGAGCACAAGCCGGAAUUUAAUGCAGCAGAAACUUUACGUUGGAGCUUCUUUGUUUUCCAGUUAAUUGGAGCACGAGCCAGAAUUUAUGGUGCUGGGGAGGACAGCAGAGGAAAUUAGCAGAGAAGGAUUAGAGAAGAAGGAUUCUUUGGGAGAAAUUUUAAAAUUUUAAUUGAUUUUUUCUGCCAGUAAUUAAGCCUAUUUAAAGGUUAAUGCAACAGAGAUAAGUGCGUAUCCUUCCUUGAACAAACUAUAAAAAAGGAAUUCUAUCUAUAAAUAAUGAUAUAGAUAAGUUCCUACUAAAUAAUAAUUUUUAUAUGAAUUAUCUUAAUCUGAAUUGAAUUUUAAACAUAACAUCCAAACAAAUUAAAACAGUUUGAAUUCACUAUUACCCUGCUGUAAUUUGAAAUUUGAUUCAAUUGGCGAGCUUUUGCAGGUUUGAUGUCCCUUAUAUGAU